AUGAAGAGUGAAGGAAAGCCAACAACAGCAGGAGAGAAAAAAGUAUCAGCACCCGCAGGCAAGGCACCAGCAAAGGGAGUCAAGUCAGGAGAGAAAAAGAAGAAGAAGGCACACCACGUUGCAAGAGGCCAGUUCAACUUUAGGUCCGCAGUCAAGAGAAUGUUCAAGAACACUUACCAGGCUGCUCCUCCCCAAGUGAGCGGUCCUGUAAUUGAAAGUCUUUGUAAUAUGAUAUGCGAUGUCACCCGCACUAUUUCCCUCGACUGUGAAAUACUAGCCAGAAAGGUAGGAAAACAAACAAUUAAUCUGGAGGAGGUGAUCUCUGCCACAUUAGUAAACCUAACGGGCGAGUUGAGAACCCACGCACUGAAAGAGAUAAAAGAAGCAGUUGCAAAAGUCCCUGCCAGAUCGUCUAAAUAA